AUGGAGCGAAGGACAAUGACAAUGAAUUGGGAAGGUUUACUAGAUGACGAUGAUGAUGACCGCUUCUUUGAAAGCUUCGAUAGAUUGCCCUCCGCUGUACCCAUUGACUUGGCAUCUUCUGGGUCAGACGAUGACGAGGGUGAUGACAGUCGCACAUCCUUUGCUUCCGCCAUGUCAUCGGCCCCCAUUCACAACAUGCGGGGCAUCGACCCAGCCAGAGCCCAGGCAUCAAUGCUUAGGGAUUUCAACAUGUGGAUGGCGGAGCCCGGAUCAAUUAAGGAGCGUCGGAGGCGGCUUCUUCAGGGAAUGGGGCUGUCAAGCAACAAGAACUUGCUCAGCCGCAAUAACACCAGGCUCAAGGAUUCUUGUUCGAAGAGAAUGAACUAUGACCGCGAUCAGCCUUCGACAAUGUCAGUGAACAAUUCAUCCCCAUUGGAAGAUUUGAAACUGGACACUUCACCUUCACCUUCAAGUACUCCGAUUUUUCUCAUUCGAUCAAGAUCAGACGGAGAUAUAGAAUCAUUUUCUGCAAACACUAGGAAAAGGAAAGAAGAAUUCAUAGGAAACAUAUCAAAACAACGGCUCACAAGAACAUCGUCAAUGUUAGUAACACCACAUGGUGGUAUAUGUCAAUAUGCAAAUACAGUAAAAGUAUCACCAAAAAGAUCCAGAAAUAGAUCUUCAAUGCUCAACAGCGCCGUGUUGUCAUCUAUAUUGUCGGAUGGUCAGUUUGGUGCGUUCUUUUUGAUAAAAAAUUUGGAUACAGGUAAGGAGUUCAUCGUCAAAGAGUUUAAUGACGAUGGGAUGUGGAAUAGGCUGAGCGAAGUUCAGACUGGGAAGCAGCUAACCAUGGAGGAAUUCGAGAAGUGUGUCGGUUAUUCCCCUGUCGUUAAAGAGCUUAUGCGCCGCGAAAAUGUAUCAAGAAGCCUCGACGAUGCAAGGAAAAUCAACACGAAUUCAUACCUUAGCAAGAGGUUUCGAAACAGCAAGAGAAGAGGGGUUGCCCUGUUGAAGAACAUAAAGGGUGUAGCAAAUUCAAUGAGCGGAUUAAUCGUCGACAAAGAAAGAGAUCAUUCAAUAGGAGAUCAACGGACUAACAAGAAUUCAACCAAUAAGUGGAUUAAAGUCCGUCAGCAUGGGAAAUCCAUUAAAGAAUUUACUGCCUUGCAUUUGUGUCAAGAAAUUCAGGCUCAUGAGGGCUCGAUUUGGACAAUGAGAUUCAAUCCAGAUGGGCAUUACCUAGCGAGUGCAGGCGAAGAUCGGGUAAUUCACGUGUGGGAAGUACAAGAAUGUGAAGUUACAUCGGUAAAACCAUAUGAUGAUUAUAAUUCUGUUAGUUCUACCCCACUUCACCCCAUGGCAAGAAGUAUGUCAGACCGACCAUCUUCAUUUACAGAGAUUUCGCCAAUGCCAUCAGAGAGAAGGAAAGAACGGCUGCAUCUCGCAGAGCUUUCGCCAAUGCUGUCAGAGAGGAGGAAGAGGGGAAAAGGGUCCACCAAAAAAAAGGGUAACUUAAUACCUGAUUAUGUCCAUGUGCCAGAAACUGUAUUCUCGCUCUCAGAAAGACCAGUAUGCUCUUUCACAGGUCACCUGGAUGAUGUCUUGGACCUCUCUUGGUCAAAAUCACAUCUGUUGCUUUCAGCUUCAAUGGACAAGACAGUCAGGCUAUGGGACAUGGAAACUAGGAGCUGUCUAAAGCUGUUUGCACAUAAUGAUUAUGUAACUUGUAUACAAUUCAACCCGACAGAUGAUGACUAUUUCAUCAGCGGCUCACUUGAUGCGAAGGUUCGAAUAUGGAGCAUACCGGAUCGGAAACUCGUGGACUAUACUGACCUUCAUGAAAUGGUUACUUCUGCUUGUUAUACCCCUGAUGGCCAGGGUGCUAUGGUUGGUUCAAAUACAGGAAGUUGUCAUUUAUACAGCACAGCUGAUUGCAGGCUAGAACAAAAAGCUCAGAUUGAGACACGAAACAGGAAAAAAUCCCAAGCAAAAAAAAUCACUGGUUUCGAGUUUGCCCCAAGCAAUACUUCUGAAGUGCUUGUAACUUCCGCUGACUCUCGGAUUCGAAUCAUUGAUGGCUCAGAAAUCAUUCAUAAGUUCAGAGGUUUCCGAAACACUAGCAGCCAAAUUUCGGCUUCAUUUAGCCCAGAUGGGAAAUAUGUUGUAUGUGCAAGCGAGGAUUCUCAGGUAUAUAUUUGGAAGCGCGAAGAGCAACGAAACGCAGGUGCAGGGAAAAGGAAAUUGGUCACUACUCACUCUCAUGAACACUUUCAGUGUAGAGAUGUUUCAGUUGCAAUCCCAUGGCCUGGUAGCAUAAAAUUUGAGCCACCAGUCGUUGAAGUGCACUCUAAGAGGCACUCAAAACACUCCACCCCAUGCCCACCUACUGCUACUGGAUCUCCAACCCAAGAAGACAUCUUAUCGGGAUCAAACGGCAAAAGAUUGCCGCCUCUUCCCAAGAGAAAUAGUCUCUUGGAGAGAACUGGAAGUUGCCAAGAUGAAGAACUCGCUCAGGUACCUUGCACGGACUCUGGGUUUAGAAAUGGUGAGUCAUUCUCUUUAGGUUCUUCGUCAGUGAGAUAUGGUUACUCGCCUUCUAUUUCUGGGUCUGGGAGUUCUCCAUCUCAGACUUGGUCUUCCUCCUGGUCCUUGCUUGAGGGUAGUAGCCAUGGAGGCCAUGGAAGCCACGCUGUCCAAGCAACAGCAUGGGGCUUGGUGAUUGUGACAGCAGGCCUGGGAGGUGAGAUCAGAGCUUAUCAAAAUUUUGGGUUGCCAGUUAGGGUUCGCCGCCAGACAAAUCUCUUCAGAGACCUCACGUAAAAGGUUUUGUAUAAGUAAAAGGUACUUGUUUUUGUUUAAGAUUUUGUCUUGUGGAAUGCCAGGGGCUGUUUCACUCUAAGCAGUUCUAUGUUGUAAAUGUCUGGUUGUGUAUAUUAGACAAAUGCCAAUUCACUUUUAGUUCAUAGGCAAGGUGUUCUGAGCAUUUUCAACUAAACAUUUGAAUUUAGAAAAUCUCAGGAGAUAUUGAAUGCAAUUAUUAUAGCCAGAGCUGAGUUUAUGAAAGUCAGAGCUACAAGUAGUGUGUGUAUCUAGGUUCUUAGAAUAUAAUUGUUCAAAAAGACCCAGCCAGCUGGCGAACUCAAAUGACUCCUCACUAGUAUCUCAGCGGGUGCAGUGUGCAUUUGAAACAAUCCUUUGAAGAUCCUUUAUAGUCUCAUUCCAUUUGUGUACAUUAUUGUAGUGCAAACCAACAGCUUUAGUUGGCUCCCACAUUUUAUGGACCAUUAUUGAUACUCUAAAUUUUUACUUAUACAUUCAACUUUCCAGGGUCACCAAAUUCCAAAAAAUAAAAUUUCAGAAAUGACAAGAAAAAAGAAGAAUAAUUCCAUGUUUUGCAUUAGAGCAAAUGGAGGUAAGCAAAUCAUCACAAGAUAAUAUUUUGAAAACAAUCAUCAACAAGUAUCUCAUCCAACCCUAAUAACCAUUAAAGAUAAGCAAAUUCAUCCAAAAACUCAAGGACUAACACAAGGGAAAGACUAUGGUACACACCCCGCAAAGGGUGUAUACCAUAUACACCUUAUACCUAAAGAAAAAAAUGACAUAACUCUAUACUUUCUAAGUCAUAACUUAAAAAAAAAAAAAAUCAUAACCAAACAUUACAUGAGGCAUAACCAAACGUAUCAAAAUAAUGUCAUAAUUAAAGAAAAAAAUUGGUCAUAACUUAACAAGAAAAUGACAUAACUAAGAGUACAUAUGGUAAGAGUUGUGUAUUGUAAAAUUCUCCCCAACACAAACAGCACUCAAACAUUUAUCACGGGUCAUAACAGAAAAUGAAUAUCAGAGCACACUAAUGCAUAAAGGCUGUGUAAAUUAUCUGACAGAUAUGUCAAUAUGGUGCAAGUACAUUAUUUUUUCGAGAGUGGA